GGAAGCAGGAAGGAGGGCGCAGGAAGCAGGGUGCUGCAGCUCGUCGUGCUGUCGGUCCGUGAGUCUGUCGGUCCCGAGGGCAGGAUGGAGAAACUGCGGCUUCUGAGCCUCCGCUACCAGGAGUACGUGACUCGUCACCCGGCCGCCACGGCCCAGCUGGAGACUGCAGUGCGGGGCCUCAGUUACCUGCUGGCAGGUCGCUUCGCCGAUUCGCACGAGCUGUCAGAGCUGGUGUACUCUGCCUCUAACCUGCUUGUGCUGCUCAAUGAUGGCAUCCUGCGGAAGGAGCUUCGGAAAAAGUUACCUGUGUCGCUGUCCCAGCAGAAGCUGCUGACAUGGCUGAGCGUGCUCGAGUGUGUGGAGGUGUUCAUGGAGAUGGGGGCCGCCAAGGUGUGGGGUGAAGUGGGCCGUUGGCUCGUCAUCGCCCUCAUCCAGCUGGCCAAGGCUGUCCUGCGGAUGCUUCUGCUGAUCUGGUUCAAGGCUGGCCUCCAGACCUCACCCCCCAUCGUUCCGCUGGACAGGGAGACCCAGGCACAGCCCCCGGAUGGUGACCAGAGCGCUGACGGCCAGGAGCAGUCAUACGUGGGGAAGCGGUCGAACCGAGUGGUACGAACCCUCCAGAACACCCCGUCCCUGCACUCGAGGCACUGGGGAGCGCCCCCGCAGCAGGAGGGCCGGCGGCGGCAGCAGCACGAGGAGCUGAGGGUCACCCCCCCCACCCCGCUGGGGCUGCAGGAGACCAUCGCAGAGUCCUUGUAUAUCGCCCGGCCCCUGCUGCACCUCAGUGCUCAGCCUGGGCCUAUGGGGUCAGCGGUCGUGGACACCCUGGCUCCUGUCUGGGGCUGUGGACGUGACCAGCCUGAGCCUCCUGAGCGACAGGAAGGGCCUGAGCCGGAGGGAGCGGCUGGAGCUGCGGCGCCGGACCAUCUUGCUGCUCUCCUACUUGCUGCGCUCCCCGUUCUACGACCGCUUCUCCGAGUGAGGCCCGGCCCCGGCCCCUGCGCACGCCUUUCCCCCGCUCCCAUCCAGGGUUCGCCGACCGCCCGCCGUGUGCCCGCCGUGUGCCAACCUGCGUGCAGUGGAAUAUUCCAGAGACUUACAUGGACCAUAUGAGCUCCCCCCCACAGACGGCCUGCACUUUGCAGAGGAAGCGAAGCCCCAGGAUCUCGGAACUGAGGCAUUUUGAGGCGGCAGUACCCGCAGAGGUGGCCCCACAGGCGGCAAGCCUCUAGUGUGGCCCCUGCUGAGCAGACCAGCCUAGCACCCUCACAGCAGUGGCGCAGACUGAGAAAGGUCUAGAAACCUGCCGGAGAAGUUCUGGUUACCCCGGAGGACAGGGAGCAAGCUGCUGAGCGGCUCUGGGGUAUAGGCCUCUGGCCUUCCUGUCAGACCGACUGUCAUCUCGGGCCGCGCUGCCUUCCAGUCGUGUGACCUGGGGCAAGUUACUGAAGCUCUCUGUGCCUCCUCUGUACGACGGGGACGUGCUCUUGCCUGCCUCAUAGGGUCGCGGGAGGCCUUAAAUGACCUCAGACAUACAGGAGCACCUGGUACAGAAUCAUUUAACAAAUGCCGAGUCUUACCAUCAUGUCUCUUAUUCCCGUCCCCAACGCUAUCGUCUCACCCCAGGUUCUCCUGUGGGAAAGCCCUGUCUCUUUAAAAAAAAAAUAGGGUCUUGGCCCCUGCCCCUUCCACUGAGUGUGGGCCCCCCCCCACCGCUGGGCCUGGUCACUCAACAUUGGCUCGCGAGGUUUCAGCGUGGCUCAGCGCUUCUGGCUUACUGGGGGUUUCUCGAAGGCAGGGUGGGGCUGUCCUUUCCCUUUGGGCCCUCACCACCCCUGUGUUGGGACUGCCCCAGGAGUGUGUUGGCUCAGGAGAAGGAAGGGCAGGACGAGGGAGAGAGCGGCGGGAGUCUUUGGGAUGCUCUGAGGAAGCACCAGUCCCAAGCUGAGCUGUGGGCGGCCUGGGCCAGGCAGUUCCUGCUCAUCUUCUCUCUGCAGGGCGAGGAUUCUCUUCCUGCUCCAGCUGCUGGCGGACCACGUCCCGGGCAUUGGCCUGGU